CGUCAAGCUCUCAUUCAGAUGUUCUGCAGCUGAACUUCCACAUUAUCAUCGUCACAUGAGCCAUUGGGCCAUCAAGCAGAGUUACCAUGAUCAAGGUUCAGCGUCAACACGGGCGAAUUGUGACAAUCUGCAAUCAGCUACUCAGAAGUCCAGAAUACGAGGAGAUCUUGACGUUCAAGACCACUUGCGCGUCUCCCAUCGGAGAUGGAUGCUUUGAGUAUAUAAACAGCUCAUCGCUCAUCCUUUGAGGCAUUCAAUUCCAAGCCACUCUUUACCAUCAAUCGAAGAAAUAGGAUCUCCCUUUGACGACACCCAUUCAGGCCAGCAAGCCUACUCGAGGCCAAAGAUCAGUAUGCCAACCUACAAUAAGACAGAAGUACUCUUGAUCGACAAAGCUUUCAUAGCAGCGUACAAAACAUGCACAGAUGCUUGGGUUCUGGACUACUCUCAAAAUCUGCCCCAUGUUCACAUCACGUUCAAGACGUUGAUGACCAUACUUGCGGCCGUUGCUUGCAUCAUCAACAGUAUCAUAGCACUCUUCCUCAUCAGCGGCCAUUUGUGCUACUGGGUGAACCCUUUAGAGCAGAAACAGAUAGUUCGCAUCCUCUUAUGGGUACCUUUCUACUCCAUCUGUGCCUUCUUCUCCAUCUAUUUCUACGAGGCUCAAGGAUACGUCGCUGCUUUAGCCCAGUGGUAUGAAGGUUUCUCCAUCACGGCCUUGUUCCUGCUCUAUGUGCAUUAUGUCGUCCCAAGGCAGGAGAAUCGGGCGAAUUUCUUUCACCGCCUGGAGCGCAGGUGGAUGAAUGGCAAAAAGAAGGGCGAUGGUGGAAGUCUGCGCUGGUUUCGAGUCAUCUGGAUCAUGGUCUUCCAAAUCACCAUUGUUCGAAUUCUCACCGUCGUGGCAUACGACUUUCUCUACGGCUUCACCUGCCCACUCUCGUGGGCUCGACAACGUGGUGCGACGAUCAUCAAGGUUUUUCAAAGUACGAGCACAGGUUUUGCUGUUUUUGGCGUCGUCCUUUUCGAGACUAGAGUCCGCUCUCAGCUGCAGGAACAGCACACCCUCCUUAAGCUGGUCUCUUUCAAAGGUGUGGUCGCACUGGAGGGACUUCAAGACAUCAUAUUCCCUGUGCUGGCCGACACCAGCGUAUAUUUGCCAAAACCACCUUUUUACGUUAGCUGGAACGACUUCGCCAAGAGAAUUCCCCAGUUCAUCCUGGUGUGGGAAAUACUUAUCGUUGCUAUCGUCUUCAUACGAUCAAUGACCUUUGAGCCAUACAGACAGGCAGUUCAAAGAGGUGUUCCCCUGGCGGCAACACCGGAAUCCGCUCUCAUUGACUCUAUCAACCCCAUGGACAUAUAUCGGGGCGUGAAGUACAUGUUCACGGCUUUCACAUCCUCGACGUAUAUGGAAGGAAAUAGAGCUAUUGUGCCGUACGAUGAAGGUCGAGGGCCUGAGAUGGAUACGAGGAUGGAAUCUGGAGGUAUCAAGACUACCAGGGAAGCACGACUGUCCUAACGUCUUGAUGGUACCUCAGAGUGAGGCUGGUCUUGCAGGUAGAGACAUUUCUCGAAGGGCAUGGACUGCCGCGGCAUCGAGGGCCUACCCUUCAGGGUAUCAACUGCCGUGAAAACGCUGACAAGGCCCAAACACUCCAAAGGUUGUCAGUAUCUAAAGACGACCGAGACGACGACG